AAAUUUAUUUAACUUCAAAUCAAAAUCCAAGGAAAGUUCUAAAUAAAAACUGAAAUUUCUAGAUUGUUCCCAAACAAGCAAAACUUGAACUAUUUACGUUCAGAGACCAGAAGUUUUGAAAGCUGAGCUGAACACGAAGCGAAAUAUAAACGUUCUAAAAGCAAACAAACCUUGAUUUAUUUAAAUUGACUGCCAUAACUUUCUUGUCAUGUCUGAACAGUGUUACAACCGAGGUUGUGGUCAAAAAUUUGAUCCAAAAGCGAACACAGAAGAGUCCUGCAGGCAUCAUCCAGGAGCCCCCUUCUUCCAUGACGCGUACAAAGGGUGGUCGUGUUGUAACAAGAAGUGCACAGACUUUACUGAAUUUUUAAAUUUUAAAGGAUGCACCCUCUCAAAACAUUCAAAUAUCAAACCACCUGAGCCAGAAAAGCCUGUUGCAAAAGACAUUCCUGAUGUCGAGGAAGUUAAACCAAAACAUAUUGAGGUACCUAUUUUAGUCAGGCCGCCAUUUAAUAGUGAAAUGAAUGUUAUGGUGCCAGAAAUUGCACCCAGUUUAAAAUCUCAAAUAGAUAAAAUUGAGAAACCUUUUAAAGCUAAUGAACUAAACAGUGAUGAGAUUGCCAUAGGGACCAGUUGCAAAAAUGGUGGAUGCACAGCAUCUUAUGAAGGCCCUACAAGUAAUGAUGCCUUAUGUCUUCACCAUCCAGGAGUCCCAAUAUUUCAUGAAGGGCUGAAAUAUUGGUCCUGCUGUCAAAGAAAAACCACUGAUUUCAACUCUUUUUUGAGCCAAGAAGGUUGCAGAGAAGGGGCUCAUGUAUGGAAAAAAGACACCGAAGAAGACAAAGUUGAAUGCAGGUGGGACUACCAUCAAACAGGGCCUUAUGUAGUAGUUUCAAUAUAUGCCAAGAUGUACAGCCCACAGAAUAGUGUGAUUAAACUAAACCCAAUAAGGAUGUACUGUAAUCUUGUGUUUCCUCAGCAAAAUAAUGCAACUUUCUUGUUAGAUGUUGAAUUGGCAGGUGUCAUUGAUGUAGCAGCCAGUAAAGUGACAAUGUAUGGCACAAAAGUUGAAAUAAAGCUGAAAAAAGCCGAGGCAGGCAGUUGGCCCAAAUUGGAAACUAGAAUAGUCAAAACUGAAGAGGUGCCAAAGAAAAAGGUUGAGCCUGAGAUGCCCAAAAUUGAAGCUGUUGAUCUGAGUGACUUAUAGUGAAGCGUAAAAGGUUUAAAGUUGAUAUGAUGGUCUAUUUUUUAAUUAAAUAGUAGUAGCUUAAUUUCUUGCAAUUUCCUUGCUAACUUAAUUUGAUAAUAAAGCAUGUUUGAUAUACAAGAA